GUCUAAAGUGGGAGGACCGGCCGGAAAGCACCGAGCUGCUUCAACACUUCAUUGAGAACUCCGCAAGCAUCAAGUUAACACCUAUGACCUGACUGUGCUUUCUCUACGAGGAUUUACAGAAAGAGACUCACUUUUUUGUGUGUGCGGCUUGGUAUUUGAUUUUUCCCCCUCCGUUUUCCCGUCACCCUCACACCUGGAUUACAUCGCCGCCAACUGUGGAUCUAUGCCAACCCCACGCAAUUUGUGAAGUAGAAGAGGAGGAAUGUAUCGUUUCUUUGGGAGACUAGCAUUUCUCCUUUCGGCCGUUAUCUUUGUCGCGCAAGGUCUAAAAUGCUCACUGCCCACUGAGUCCUGCCUAAAUGGAGGAAGGUGUGAAGCCGCCCCCAAUGGAGAUGGAAACUGCAACUGUCCCAAUGACUACGUAGGCAACCGAUGUCAAUUUCCAAACCCGUGCAGCCCGUCCCCGUGCCGCAAUGGUGGCGAAUGUCGCGCCGUCUCCCACGGCAACACGUUCGACUUCCGCUGUGUGUGUCGACCGGGUUUCACCGACCGCCUCUGCCUCACGUCGUCCAACCACGCCUGCAUGAGCUCGCCCUGUCGCAACGGGGGAACGUGCGACCUCAUCAGUCUCACGGUCUACCGCUGCCGAUGCCCACCUGGUUGGUCAGGCAAAACAUGUCAACAACCCAACCCCUGCUCUUCAAAUCCGUGCGCAAAUGGCGGCCAGUGCUCGGCUUUUGAUUCCACCUUUGUGUGCACGUGCCCGCCCGCCUUCCACGGUCAAACUUGCAAGCAAGACGUCAAUGAGUGCGCCCAGAGCCCGGCGCCCUGCCUCAACGGCGGUGUUUGCGUCAACGAAGUGGGCUCCUACCACUGCCGCUGCCCUCAGGAUUACACGGGGAUGCACUGUGAGACCCGCUACGUGCCAUGCAGCCCUUCGCCAUGCCAGAACGGGGGCACCUGCGUUCAGAAGGGUGACACCAUCUACGACUGUAGCUGUCUGCCAGGAUUCACGGGUCAAAACUGUGAGCACAACAUCGAUGACUGUCCAGGCCACAGCUGUCAGAAUGGUGCGGUUUGUGUUGACGGCGUCAACACCUACAACUGCCAAUGUCCCCCACAUUACACAGGUCAAUAUUGCACUGAGAACGUAGAUGAGUGUGAGUUAAUGCCCAACGCAUGUCAAAACGGGGGCACCUGCCACGACACUCACGGCAGCUACCACUGUGUUUGCGUCAAUGGGUGGACGGGCGAUGACUGCAGCGAGAACAUUGACGACUGUGCCAGCGCUGCCUGUUAUCUUGGUGCCACCUGUCACGAUCGUGUGGCCUCCUUCUUCUGCGAGUGUCCGCAUGGUCGCACAGGUUUGCUUUGCCACCUGGAUGACGCGUGUAUCAGCAAUCCGUGUCAGAAAGGCUCCAACUGUGACACCAACCCAGUCAACGGGAAAGCGAUCUGCACCUGUCCACCGGGAUACAUGGGCUCAGCCUGCAACCUUGACAUCGACGAGUGCUCUCUUGGUGCCAACCCUUGCGAGCACGGCGGUCGCUGUCUCAACACCAAAGGCUCCUUUCAGUGUAAAUGUCUUCAGGGCUACGAGGGUCCCCGUUGCGAGAUGGACGUUAACGAGUGCAUGUCCAAUCCGUGCCACAACGAUGCGACCUGCUUGGAUCAGAUCGGAGGAUUCCACUGCAUCUGCAUGCCAGGUUACGAGGGUGUCUUCUGCCAUAUUAAUACGGAUGAAUGCACUAGCCAGCCUUGUCUGAACAACGGCAAAUGUGUGGACAAGAUCAACUCCUUCCACUGCGAGUGUCUUCAAGGAUUUUCAGGGAAUCUGUGCCAGGUGGAUAUUGACGAAUGUGCCAGUACCCCUUGUAAAAAUGGAGCAAAGUGUACUGACGGACCCAAUAAAUACACCUGCGAAUGUGCUGAAGGUUACACAGGGCAGCACUGCGAGACCGACAUCAAUGAGUGCUACUCUGACCCCUGUCACUACGGCACCUGCAAGGACGGCUUGGCCUCUUUCACAUGCUACUGCCGUCCGGGUUACACGGGCCGCCUGUGCGAGACCAAUAUCAACGAGUGUCUGAGCCAGCCUUGCAAGAAUGGCGGUACUUGCCAGGAUCGAGAGAACACUUAUAUCUGUUCCUGCCCCAAAGGCACGGCAGGUUUCAACUGCGAAAUCAACCUUGACGACUGUAAGAGCCACCCUUGUGACUACGGCAGGUGUAUCGACAAGAUCAACGGCUAUGAAUGCGCCUGUGAGCCAGGCUAUACAGGAACAAUGUGCAACAUCAACAUUGACGAUUGCGCCAUCAAUCCGUGUCACCACGGUGGCACGUGCGUGGACGGCAUUAACGGCUUCACCUGCCUCUGUCCCGAGGGCUACGAUGACGUUACAUGCUUGUCCCAGGUGGAUGAAUGCGGCAGCAACCCCUGCAUCCACGGCCGAUGCCAGGACCUCGUCAACGGGUAUAAAUGCACCUGUGACUCUGGCUGGAGCGGUCCAAAUUGUGACAUCAACAAUAACGAGUGCGAGUCCAACCCGUGCAUGAAUGGAGGAACUUGUAAGGACAUGACCAGCGGCUACCACUGUACAUGCAGAGCUGGCUUCACAGGACCAAACUGCCAAACUAACAUCAAUGAGUGCGCUUCCAACCCCUGCCUCAACCAGGGCACCUGCAUGGAUGACGUGGCAGGAUACAAGUGCAACUGUCAGCUCCCGUACACCGGUGAAAACUGUGAGACUUUGCUGGCCCCCUGCAACUCGAGACCCUGCAAAAAUGGUGGACUAUGUAAAGAGUCUGAGGACUACCAGAGUUUCUCAUGCAGCUGCCCUGGGGGAUGGCAAGGUCAAACUUGCGAGAUUGAUAUCAACGAAUGUGUGAAAAGCCCGUGCCGCAAUGGUGCCCAAUGUCACAACACGAUGGGAAGCUACCAGUGCAAGUGCCUGGCUGGGUACACUGGUCAAAAGUGUGAGACUGACAUCGAUGACUGCAAACCCAAUCCAUGCAGCAAUGGCGGUCUGUGCCAUGACAGCGUCAACACUUUUACAUGUACCUGCCUGCCCGGCUUUCGUGGCGGCAGAUGCGAGCAGGACAUUAACGAGUGUGAGAGUAACCCAUGUAAGAAUGCUGCCAACUGCACCGACUGUGUCAACAGCUACACGUGCACCUGCCCACCUGGUUUCAGCGGCAUCAACUGUGAGAUCAAUACUAAUGACUGCACCGACAGCUCCUGCUUCAACGGUGGCACCUGUGCUGAUGGUAUCAAUGCUUUUACUUGCCUGUGCCUGCCUGGAUUUACCGGCAGCUAUUGUCAAUAUGACAUCAACGAGUGUGACUCCAGACCGUGCCUCAAUGGGGGCACGUGUCUAGACAGUUUCGGGAUGUACAAGUGCACCUGCCCCCCAGGCUACACGGGAAUCAAUUGCCAGAAUCUCAUACGCUGGUGUGAUUCGUUCCCCUGUAAAAACGGGGGCACGUGCUGGCAAAAGGGGGCCUCAUACACCUGCCAGUGUCAAACUGGAUGGACUGGCCUCUACUGUGACAUUCCGAGUGUGUCCUGUGAAGUCGCAGCCAAACAGCAAGGUGUAGAAUUGGCUCACCUGUGCAGGAAUUCUGGCCAGUGUCUUGAUGCCGGAAGCACACAUUACUGCCGCUGCCAGGCAGGCUACACUGGCAGCUACUGCCAGGAGCAAGUGGACGAGUGUUCCCCUAAUCCAUGCCAGAACGGUGCCACGUGCACCGAUUAUCUUGGAGGCUACAGUUGCGAAUGUCUCCCUGGCUACCAUGGAGUAAACUGCUCCAAGGAGAUCAAUGAAUGCCAGUCUCAGCCCUGUCAGAAUGGAGGGACUUGCAUUGAUCUCAUCAACACGUACAAGUGCUCCUGUCCCAGAGGAACCCAAGGUGUCCACUGUGAGAUUAAUCUGGACGACUGCAACCCGUUCAACGACCCGCUGACCCACGAGCCCAAAUGCUUCAACAACGGCAAAUGCGUGGAUCGCAUUGGCGGCUAUCAGUGUGUGUGCCCGGCGGGUUACGUGGGUGAGCGCUGCGAAGGCGACGUCAACGAGUGCUUGUCGGAUCCUUGUGAUCCCAGAGGCUCCUACAACUGCAUCCAGCUCACCAAUAGUUACCGCUGCGAAUGCCGCACCGGAUAUACAGGGCAGCGUUGUGACAAAGUGUUUGAUGGCUGCAAAGGAAAACCUUGCAGAAACGGAGGUACCUGCGCAGUUGCUAGUAACACGCCUCAUGGCUUCAUCUGCAAGUGCCCACCGGGCUUUACUGGAUCCUCCUGUGAGUAUGAUUCUCGCUCAUGUGGGAAUCUAAACUGCAAGAACGGGGGCACCUGCGUAUCAGGUCACUUAGGCCCACGCUGCCUGUGUCCUCCUGCUUUCAUCGGACCCGAGUGCCUGACCCCGACUGACAGCCUCUGUGUCUCCAACCCGUGCUACAACGGCGGCACUUGCCAAAUCACCCCAGACGCACCGUACUUCCAGUGCAGCUGUCCCAGCAAUUUCAAUGGCCUGCUGUGCCACAUCUUGGACUACUCCUUCAUCGGUGGCUUCGGCCGUGACAUUACACCCCCUCCAGAAGUGGAGGUGAGCUGUGAGAACCCCCAAUGCGACGAGUGGGCCGGCAACCACAUCUGCGACUCGCUGUGCAACAACCAUGCCUGUGGCUGGGACGGAGGAGACUGCUCCCUGAAUUUCGACGAUCCAUGGCAAAACUGCUCGGCAGCUUUACAAUGCUGGCGCUACUUCAAUGACGGAAAGUGCGAUGGCCAGUGUAACAGCCCCGGAUGUCUCUACGAUGGAUUUGACUGCCAAGGACAGGAAGGACAGUGCAACCCACUUUAUGACCAGUACUGCAAAGACCACUAUGCUGAUGGCCACUGUGAUCAGGGCUGCAACAACGCAGAGUGUGAAUGGGAUGGCCUGGACUGUGCCAACAACAUGCCAGAAAAGCUAGCAGAUGGGCAUUUAGUCCUGGUAGUCCACAUACCUCCAGAACAGCUUAAAAAUCGCUCUUCGGCAUUCCUCAGAGACCUCAGCAGCGUUUUGCACACCAAUGUCAUCUUCCGCCGUGAUGCCAAUGGGGAGCCCAUGAUCUUCCCCUACUAUGGCAACGAGCAGGACUUGGUAAAGCACAAUGUGCUGAAGCGCUCUGCAGACGGUUGGCCCGAGUGGGCGGCGAUGCCAGCGAAUGUGUUGGGUCAAAUGAAGGACAGUGUGUCUGCCAUGGUCAGCCCGCGUAAACGCAGGGAACUGGAUUCUCUGCAAGUCAAAGGAUCUAUAGUCUACCUGGAAAUUGACAACCGGCAAUGUUACCAGCAAUCCAGCGAGUGCUUUCAAAGCGCCACAGACGUUGCAGCAUUCCUCGGAGCACUGGCCUCCAGUGGAAAUCUCAAUGUUCCCUACAUCGAAGCUGUCACCAGUGUAAGACCUACUCCUUCAAGUUCAGAGCUGUAUCCCAUGUAUGUGGUCUUCCUUGGAUUAGCAGCUUUGGGUUUUGUAAGCCUUGGCGUUUUGGUGUCACGAAAACGACGACGAGAGCAUGGUCAGCUUUGGUUCCCAGAAGGAUUCAAGACAUCCGAGCCCAGCAAGAAGAAACGCAGAGAACCCGUUGGGGAAGAUUCUGUUGGACUGAGGCCAAUGAAAAUAUGUGACAUAAAUCUCAUGGAUGACAAUCAAAACGAAUGGGGUGAUGAGGAUCCCGACUGUAGGCGUUUCAAAUUUGAGGAGCAGUCCAUGCUGGACCUGAAGGACAAUACUGACCAAAGGAAAUGGACCCAGCAGCAUUUGGAUGCGGCUGACUUGCGCAUCCCGUCCAUAGCCCCUACGCCUCCUCAAGGAGAGAUAGAAAAUGACUGCAUGGAUGUCAACGUUAGAGGACCAGAUGGUUUCACUCCACUGAUGAUUGCCUCCUGCAGCGGUGGCGGACUUGAGACUGCAAACAGCGAAGAGGAAGAGGAUCCUUCCACGGAGAUCAUUACGGACUUCAUUUACCAAGGUGCAAACCUCCACAACCAGACCGACCGCACAGGCGAAACGGCCCUCCACUUAGCUGCACGCUACGCCCGUUCCGACGCCGCCAAGCGCCUCCUGGAGUCCAGUGCUGACGCCAACGUUCAGGACAACAUGGGACGGACUCCUCUUCAUGCUGCUGUGGCUGCAGAUGCGCAGGGGGUGUUUCAGAUUUUAAUCAGAAACCGCGCUACCGAUCUUGAUGCGCGUAUGCAUGAUGGGACAACGCCGCUCAUCCUGGCUGCCAGAUUGGCAGUUGAGGGUAUGGUGGAAGAGCUCAUCAACUGCCACGCUGAUGCCAACGCCACCGACGAUUCUGGAAAAUCCGCACUUCAUUGGGCUGCAGCUGUAAAUAAUGUGCAGGCUGCCAUGAUGCUGCUGAAAAACGGUGCCAACAAAGACAUGCAAGACAACAAAGAAGAGACACCUCUCUUCCUCGCUGCACGUGAAGGAAGCUACGAGACGGCGAAGGUUCUGCUGGAGCACUUUUCAAACCGCGAGAUCACCGACCAUCUAGACCAGUUGCCGAGGGAUAUCGCUCAGGAGCGCAUGCACCACGACAUCGUUCGCCUACUGGACGAGUACAACGUCGUCCGGAGCCCGGGCCUUCACGCCGCCCCUCUGAGCACCUCCUCCAGUCUCUCACCACCGCUUUGCUCCCCCAACGACUACCUCAGCAACCUCAAACCCAGCUUGUCUGUCAAGAAGGUGCGCAAAGGAGGCAAAGACGGCGGCGGCAAAGAUAACCGGGUUAAGAAGAAGAAGUCACUGGACGGAAAGGGCAACCUGUUGGACACAUCGGCUGUGCUCUCCCCGGUGGACUCCCUGGAGUCCCCCCACGGUUACCUGUCCGAUGCUGCCUCGCCUCCCAUGACGUCGCCAUUCCAGCAGUCGCCUCCGAUAUCCCUCAAUCACCUUCAAGGGAAGGGAGACUCGCACAUGGGUCAGAUGAGUAUGUCUUUUGAUCCCAACCCACCCCGCCUCUCCCAUAUGCCAGUAUCCAGCCCUAACAGUCAGGGGACGACGUCUAUAGGUGGCACUAGGGUCGGCCAGUGCGACUGGAUGUCCAGGAUGCACCCAGGUCAGCAAGGAAGCUUCCACCAGGCCUCAGCCAUGAGCCACAACAUGAUGGGAGGCCUCAAUGGCGUCAGCACGGCCACAUUGUCGCAGAUAAUGGGCUACCAGAACCUACAGACCAGCCACCUGGGCUCGGCCGCGCACAUGAUGCAGCAGGCCCGCUCGCGUCAGCUGCAGCACCAAAACUCCAACUCGGCCACGGCCGGCGGGCAGGCCAUGACGCAGAGCUUCCCCGCCAUGGAGUUGAACGGCAGUGAGAUGCAGCAAAGCAACGCGCGCUCCAUGGCCAUCCACAGCGUGAUGCCCCAGGAGACCCAAAUCCUCGGAGCCCAGUUCCUCACGCCUCCUUCCCAGCACAGCUAUUCUGGACCGGUGGACAACACACCAAACCACCAGCUGCAGGUGCCCGACCACCCGUUUCUAACACCCUCCCCCGGCUCGCCCGACCAGUGGUCCAGCUCGUCCCCACAUUCCAUGUCCGACUGGUCGGAGGGCAUCUCGAGUCCACCGACCAGCAUCCACUCGCAGAUGAAUCUGAUCCCAGAGCAGUUCAAGUAGACUCUUGUGCAAUGAACGAGGACUUCACAUAGUAGGAGAUCCUGUCUCAACACUGAAAGGCCUCACAUGAUUACUUCAUGAUCAAUUUUAUACUACUAACGAUAAGACCCGGUUUUUUUUUGUUGUUGUUGUAACUUUUUAUUUAUUUAUGUGCUUUUUUUGGCCUGAAAAUAUAAAGAUGCUUUUCUAUUUAUGCCUUUUUAUUUCCUUUUUUUUUGUAUGUAUGGAAAGAAUAGACAACUUUAAAAAGGAGUGUGCAUCAGAAAAGAGACUCCUUAAUGUGUACACUGGCUAUUUAUUUCUCUCUUUGGUUGCUACAUCCACUGGAUUUUCUUUUUCCCUUUUACAAGGUUUAAUUGUUGCAUUAUGUAUAUAGAGAUUUUUUUUCUUGAAAUAUUUUCAGUAUUAACGCUUAUUUUUUCCUCCAAAUGACUCUCAUGCCUGGUUACUGAGGUGUAUUUUGUCAAGUCUUAUCAAGAGUGUGUUCGAUGAUCAAAUAUAUAUCAAGAGACACUUGUCAGAAGGAGAGCUAUCCAUCUACUCUCUGCACCGCUUAUCCUAGAUGACUCGUUUCGGAAAGCCUGUGAUUUACUUUUAGAGAUUUGGGACCUUAAAGCACCACGCAAAUCUCUCAUCAAUUGAGAGAUACACAGCUAAAUGGGGAAAAUGCAUCCAAAUCAACCUGAGCCGACUGUUUUAUUGACCAUUGAUUGAAAAUGGUGCUGAGGAAGAGGUUUGUGUUAUUUAUGCUUAUACAGUAGAAAGGAGUCCUUAUUUCAUUUUUGAUCAAAAAUCAAUUUUUAUGGUUACCAUGUUUAACCUGUCAUGUGCUAACUUACAGCCCAUGUUUGUAGAAAAUUUUAUGUUCGCCACAGUCCGAGUUAGUGCCUGUGUGGAAUUAGUUUUUCCUGGGAAAAGCAAAUGUGUUUGUGGGAUUUCUUGCAUAAUGUCUUCAAAGUGGAAAACAUUUUUUGCGAAAGAAACGGGGACCUUAAUGACAGCUUUCCUGCACUUUGUUGAGAAGUGUAGAGCAAGGUGUCGAAAUGUCUUGUUUUAUAAACUAACUCAGAGGUUAAAAAAGAAUGUUUUAAAUGAAGGUGUAAUUAAAUCAACCUUGAUGCAAAGUUGUAGUUUGCAAAUUACUUUUGACUAAAAAUGUUUGGUAAAAAUUGAAUAAAAGCUGUU